UCAUCUCCCUCUCUCUCCCUGUGUGGUUCAGGGGCCACGGCAAUGGCGAACGUGAGCAAUUUUUCUCUGAGCUCGAAGCCCUCGACCCAAUUUCCCUCUCGCUCUUCUCCCUCUGGCAAAAGCCUCGCGCUUCACAGUCAGAAUUCCGACUCGUCCAGGAUUUCCUUCAACCUCAGUGAGAAUUUCUCUCGCGUCUCUCUAAAUUCGCAGAGCGUCGGAGUCUGCCGGGCGGCACCAGUGCCGAUUGUUGCUUCAAAGAAGAAUGAGCCUUUGAAGGUUAUGAUAGCUGGUGCUCCAGCAUCAGGGAAAGGGACACAAUGUGAGCUUAUAGUCAAGAAAUAUGGGUUGGUGCACAUUGCUGCUGGGGACUUGCUAAGAGCAGAAGUUGCAGCUGACACAGAGAAAGGAAAGGAGGCCAAACAAUACAUGGAAAAAGGGCAACUGGUGCCAAAUGAUAUUGUUGUCAUGAUGGUGAAGGAUCGCCUCUUACAGCGCGAUGCCCUGGAGAAUGGAUGGCUUUUGGAUGGAUAUCCCAGGAGCAUCUCUCAGGCAAUAGCCCUUGAAGACCUUAAGAUCAGGCCUGAUAUUUUUCUUCUUUUAGAUGUUCCAGAGGAAAUACUUGUCGAGAGAGUGGUUGGUAGGAGGCUUGACCCUGUCACUGGGAAAAUCUACCACUUAAAGUAUUCUCCACCUGAGACCCAAGAAAUAGCGGAAAGGCUUACUCAGCGGUUUGACGAUACUGAAGAGAAGGUAAAAUUACGGCUGCAAACUCAUCACGGGAACGUUGAGGCUGUACUUUCAACAUACAAGGAUAUACUGGUGAAGGUUGACGGGGAUGGACCGAUAGAUAGAGUAUUUUCAGAGAUCGAUGCAGCUCUCACCAGGCUUGUAGAACAGAAUCGAAUGGCGGAAUCUGCAAAUAUAGCAUCUGGUAUGGCAUCAUAAUAAGCACCAUUUGAAAAUAUUUGUGUAUAUUCAAGUACGAGACUUUGUGAAAUUCGGAAGUUAACGUCACAGUCUCUCAAUUACAAUACUGACUUCAAUAGCUGAUCCUUGAUGAAAUGAACAAUUGAGAGCAGAAAAUCUCUCUCUUUCCCCGCUCAAAGCCGAUGAACAUGUCUUUCCGGGGUGGUCAUGAUUUAUCAGGUGAUAUUACUAUAAACUUGAUUUUUCA